CAGUGAACAUGACAGCCAUUCCCCCAGGAAUCAAGUGGUUAAAGAGUAAUGUGCCUCCGCCAAGAAAGGUGACUCCAUCUGUUUACACCCAGGAGAUGUUACAGUCUACAGAGGAGCGCCUGGCUAACACCAAUGAAAUGAACCAACCCUGCAUCCUGGAGCUGCUUGACAUGAGCAAGACUACGCAUCACAGAUUUUCUGUGGUAGAUAUGGAUCAGCCGCUUUUCCAAGCCUACCCAUCUGAGCUGGUCUUCCAGAACUUCACUCCUGCACAGACCUACACGUUACCUUUGCUUCUCCGCAACAAUGAUGAGGUUCCACGACAAGUGAAGUUGGAGCUGGAGGACUCAGAGUAUUUCCAUGUAGUUGGUCCAGAGGAUCCAGGUAGAAAGGUUGCAGCAGGACUGUCUGCGACUUUCACUGUCAUCUUUACUCCGCAGGAGAACAAGGAUUAUGACUACAGACUGGUUUGUGUGACAGAGAGGGAGCGUUUUGAGGUCCAAGUCCGCGCCAUUGGGCCACGUGCCAUUCUUGAUUUUUGUGAUGAGCUCCAUUUACCUGUCUGUCCUGUGAAAGCCUCCACAGAGAAGACCCAACUAGUCCGUAACAUAGGAAAAAGCAAGGCCAAGUUCUGUUUAAAGACACAGAGCCCCUUCUCAGUGACGCCCUGCUGUGGGACUCUUGAUGUAGGAGAAAGCAUGCAGGUGACAGUGAAUUUCAAGCCCAUGACUGCCGGAGACCACAGCCAGGACCUGCUUCUGCACCACCACACAGGUGAAGAUGUCUACAUCAGCUUGUAUGGGACUUGUGAGGAACUAGACAUCCAUCUUGUGCCUGACACUGUUAUGUUGAGGAAGACUUACAUUUCCCUGGCCAAUGUAAGCACAGUGUCCCUCAUCUACAGGAGUGAGAUUCCUCUCAGGUAUCGUUGGACAACAUGGCCCAGUCUGCAGGAGGAGGACCUGAGCUUACUGAGGGAGAGCUCGGCACUCGAGUGGGAGGAGGAGGAGAGGGUGCAGAUGCUUGUUCAGUGUGAGUCCGACCCCUCAGCGAUCCAUCGCCUCCCUAUGCUGUCCGGAGCCCUGCAGGAAGGCAGAAGCCAGGCUGCUUCGGACACCCUCCUGGCCCUCUCACACAGCUGCAUAUAUGUGGAACCAGCGGAGGGUGAAAUAUGGCCCAACACCCCAGCACAGUUUCACAUUGUCUUCAAGCCCAAGGAAGCCAAACUGUACCAACAGACUAUAUACUGUGAUGUCACAGGCCGUGAAUCUCGGUUGCCUCUGACAAUAAAGGGCAGGGGCCUGGGACCUAAUCUCCAGUUCAGCUAUGACCUGAUGGACAUGGGAAAUGUAUUUCUUGGUUACAAAGAGUGUUAUGAGGUGCAGGUGUACAACAGAGGACUGACUGAUGCCCCUUUCAGGCUAUCAAGCCCUGACACCAUUUUCGGCCACUGUUUCUCCUUCAGUCCUGAGGACGGUGUUGUUCUCGCUGGAGCCUGCCAGAUUGUGAAAGUCACCUUCCACAGUGGCAUUCUGGGAACUUUCUCUGAGGACUUGCUGCUAACUGUCACAGGACAGCCUCAACCACUUACUGUGACCUUCAGGGGUUGUGUCAUUGGUCCCACAUUCGACUUCAAUGUUUCAGACCUCAAUUUUGGAGAUGUAGCCUUUGGUUUCCCUCUGACAUUAAUCUGUACACUCUUCAACACCUCCUUGGUCCCUAUCACAUUUGCCCUGCGUGUCCUGGGAGAUGGUUUGGGGCCCCCCAGUGUAACUAGUGUCAAACAGGUGUCUGAGGUGUCCAGGAAGAGUUGGGAAGGCAGUGCUGCUACAGACCUGCAUGCACGGCCCAUGGAGUUCACUGUCACACCUGCUGCGGGCUCUGUGGAUGUUCUGUCAGAUGUCACCAUUACGGUGACGCUGUGCUCCAACACAGUCAGGAGAUACAGAGUGGCGCUGGUGGUUGAUAUUGAGGGUGUUGGGAAGGAGAUCAGAAGUCUGCCUAUCAAUGCCAGGUGUGUUGUUCCUGAUAUUGUGGUGGAGACUCCAGUGGUGGACUUUCAAAGGUGUUUCCUCGAUCACCCCUAUGAGCAGCGAGUGCGGCUGACCAACAACAGCACUCUGCCAGCCUGCUACGGCAUGCUUGACCAGGACUACGAGGAGUGUCCAUCACUGCUUUUUGGCAGUUAUGCACCAAGAGGAUUGAUUCUUCCUCACAGUUCAGAAGAGCUUCCUGUGGUUCUGCUGGCUAAGGCCAUUGGAAGGCAGCAGCACACUCUAUGCAUCGCUCUGUUCGGCAGCACCCAGCAGCCCCUGGAGGUGGUCUUGUCCUGUAUUGGGCAGGGGCCAAUAGUUCAUUUUGAGAGCCCACAGCUGGACUUUGGUACAAUCCCAGUUCUGACCAACAUUACGAGAACCCUGCAACUGUUGAACCAGUCACCCGUUCCAGCCCGCUUUACUGCUCACAUGGACUAUGGAACGUCAUUUGGGCGAGUUGAGCCCAGUGAGGGGGAAGUGCCAGCAGAAAGCCAGCUGGAGCUGAGAGUCGUGGCACACCUGAAGAAUACACAUCACUUCCAGGCCAGGCUGGAAGUAUCCAUCCAGGACGGUCAAACACACACUAUCCCUGUGUCUGCCACAGGCACUGGCACCACCAUUGUCAGUGACAGGCCUUUUGGUCCCAGCCUUGACCUAGGCACAUUCUUCAGCCAUGGGUCAUGCCAGUACCACUUCAAGCUGACCAACCAUGGCCAGCAAAAGCAGUGGAUGUACUGGCGUACUGAUGGCAUCCUGCCCUCCACAAAAACCCGAAAAGGGGGAGACCUAUCUGGCAAAACUGUCCUGCCUCCCAUCUCUGCUCCCAAAAAGAAGGAUAUUCUGGGCUGUGGAUCUAUGCUCCCCUCUAGCAGAGAGAAGCCGGUGUUCAGCCUCAAGCCUUCUCGUGUGGAGCUUUCCCCAGGCUGCUCUGUUGACAUGGUGCUGAUGGGAACUUCAGACUCUCCCAAGGUUGUACAGGAGCGUCUGGUGUGCCAUGGUAUUGUGGGUAGCCAGGGCCAUAAGGAGCUCAUCAUGUCUGUAGAUGUUACCUGUCGCUUUGUGAAUCCCUUGCUCAGCUUUUCCUCCAAGGAGCUGAAAUUUUACAUAGAGAAGGUCCCAGGAAGGAGUCUGAUGCCACUGUAUGAGCAGCUGAUCUUGGAGAAUGUGUCAUCACUGUCUGUAUCUGUGGAGCUCACUCUUGAGGAGCCGUUCUCUCUGUGUGAGGCCCCAGGAGCCCAUAGCUCCACUAAGUCCAUGGUUUUAGGUGACGGGAGGAAGGCUGAGUUGUGGGUAUGCUUUAAUCCAACUUUCUGUCAGGAUCAGGAGUCACGAUCCUUGUAUAAGUUCCUCAGAGUUCAUUACCAGGGACACCCACAGCAAGACAUGGUGAAGCUGCAUGCCGAGGUCCACUUCCCCAACCUCCACUUCUCCUCCACCACAGUGGACUUUGGCUGUGUGCCCAACUGCACAGGGACUCGUAGAGUCAUCUCCAUCACCAACUGCUCCCUGCUGCCCGUGUCCUACCACUGGACUUUUCUGGACAACCACAAACACUGUGGCAACAGAGAGGCACAGAUGCUGGAGUCAGAUGAGGAGCAGAAAAGUCCAGAAAAAGUGACUAAAGAGGGCUGGAGUUCCUCUAGAAGAGAUGCGGCUGAACAGAGCAGCACAAAGCGCCGUCUGGGUGUGGAAGAGGUAGGCAGUUCCACUGGUUUUGUUUUUCUUCAGGUGUUUGAUAUCUUGCCGAUAUAUGGUCAUCUGCAACCUGGGAACCAGCAGCAGGUCAUUUUCUCUUUCUACGGCCACGAAAAUAUCAGCAGAGAGGUGGUAGCACAGUGCAAUGUAGAGGAGGGGCCGACAUAUGACAUCACACUCAGAGGAGAAGCAUCACUAAUAAGCUACAGCCUUGAGCCCGCCAAUAUUGACUUUGGUCUGCAGCUGUUUAAUCAUGCACAGAAAAUUGAGGUGACCCUAAAGAAUACUGGCAAGGUGGGCUUCAAAUUCAGGAUCAUAAACCCACAAAUUGAGGAUGAGGAGGGGGCUGGUGGGGAGGCAGGGGCACAAAGGAAGGCCCUGGAAGAGGAGCAAAAUGAGAAAGUACAGGAGGUCAUACCUGGCUGGCCCAUUGUCAUGCCCCACACGGGUUACAUUGAUGCGGGUGCAGAGCAGUGUCUCCAUGUAUUGUACCUCCCAGGCAUCCCCGAGGUGUUUGAGAAGCACCUAAAGCUCCAGGUGGCUUUUCUGCCGCCACAGGACAUCACGCUGACUGGAGAAGGAGUGUUUCCUCGGAUCAGUCUGAACUUGCCGUGGAACCUGACUGAGGAGUGCUACAGUGAUGUGGUGCAGCAGGCCAGAGCAGCUGUAGAGGGAGACAGAGUCAGAGCGGAGCUCAUGAAUGGAAUUACCAGUGGAGGUGGAGGAGCAACAACCGAGGCCAAGUGCACCCUCACAUAUGAAGAUCUGCUCCACAUGGAGAUUGAGAGAACGUUGGUCAAACAGAAUGCUCUUGCCGUGUCCGGUAGCCUGCUGGAGCUCAGAGACUCACAGGGUUCCUCCAGAAAGUGGCACAGACUUGGCCAGUUCCCGCUCCCAGAGUAUGUUUUGGAUUUUGGAUAUGUCAUUCCAGGGAAAGUCCUCAGUUACACUGUAAACGUGACCAAUACUGGAUCACUGCCUGUGUCCUUCCAUGCCAAAUGCAAACCUCUAGCUGGCACAGGAUUCAGUGCAGGCUUUGAAAGAGUAAAAAACAUGGCCUGUGGUGAGACUCAGACUUUCACAGUUAAAUUUGACCCACAAGGAGCCAGCCUGAAGAUGGGAGAUAUAAGUGCUGUCAUGCCGAUACAGGUCACAGGUGGUCCAAUGGUCCAGGUGCGGCUGUGUGCAGUGGUAAUCAUGCCGGCCAUCACUGUUUCCACGGAUACAGUGCAGUUUGACACUGUGCAGUGUGGCAUGUGCCAGAUGAAGGCAAUCCAGCUGUUUAAUCAUGAAUACGUGCCCUGUUACUGGAGCAUAGCUGAGAAGGUGAAGCUUUUCAAAAAGGUAGAUAAGUUCCUGCCUCUCUACCAGCGUAAAAAGGUCUUGCAGAAGCAAUGUCCACCUCCAGUGGUGUUUAAGACCAUUCCCAGCUCCGGCAUGCUGGCCCCUGGUGAAAGAGUCAACGUCCAGAUAAAGUUCAGCCCUGCAGAGGGGCACUCUUACAACAGGCAGCUGGAGGUGCAUGUGUCUGACAGCACCCAGCAGCUGUUGAUCACAGCCCAGGGGCAGGGGGAGGAGCCACAGCUCCACUUCUGUCCGGAGGUGCUGGAGAUGGGGCCUUGCCUGCCUGCCAGCACUGAAGUUAAAGCUGAGGUCAUCGUCAAAAACCCCUUCUUCCCCAUUGAGUUCUACUCCCUUGAAUUUGACACACAGUAUCUCAAGGAGGAAAAGAUCCUGCGCCUGAUGCAGGGUUAUGAUGAGAACAACAUAUUACUGUUACCUCCCAGAGUCCCAGGAGAAAGCCUUCAUACAGAACUGCUCGACUACUACCAGCAAUACUGUUCCCAGUUCAAAGAUGAUGCAGAGCUGAAGGAAAGCGUGGAUGAGAAAGAGGCCAAGAUGGGUGAUACACAUGAGGAAGAAAAGAGGUCAAGACAGAACAAUGCCCACCCACCAGGCAGCAAAGUGAAAGACUUACACACUUUAACUGUGUGGGCACAUGCGCACGCAGCGACCGGCAGCGAGAGUUUGGCGUCCUACCUACCUAAAUCUGCUGAAUUAAUGGUUUCCGAGAUGAGCAAAGAGAGAGGCAGUGAAAGACUGGAGCAGGUGGAGAUGACACCUGUCUCCAGAGCAAUUGCCUGUCACAUGGGUGUUGAUCUUUCCCUUGAGGGUCUGGCUGCACGCAACCGUAGAGGCAUUGCUGUUAUCGUGUAUGGAGCCCCACUGACAGAUAAUGGCAACAUGGCGGCUGCUCUGGCGCAUCACUACAGAGUGGAGUGCAUGAGUGUUGAUGCUGUGGUGACAGAGGUGCUGAUGAAUAGUUCUUCAGCUGUUGGUCUGACUGCCAGAAAUCUCUAUGAGUGUGCUGCUGCUGAAUAUGCUGAGAGGAGUGCUGAGGAAGCUGGUGAGAACCAUACACUCUCAGGAGUUGCAGCACAUCCUGAAGCCUCGGAUCCAGCUCUGCAUGCAGCUCCAGCUUCACAGGAUAAUGUGGAAAUUCCUGCAAAAGCCAGCCAGGACAGCUGCAACAGAAGCAACUCUAAGGCUCCUCAGGGCUCUGAAAGCACACCUAUCACCCUUUGCCUGGGAGGAGAUGUGAGCAUUCUCAGCAGUCUCUUGUCUGAACAGCUAUUGGCUGAUAUCCUGUCAGAAAGAUUUCAGUGCAGCGACUGUCAUGGUGGAAUAGUGAUUGAUGGCCUGGAGUCUGUGUACACUCAGUCAGCAGCAAGCACGCUGCAAGUUGUUCUGAAAGCCCUUAAUAACUGCAAACAAAUUUUUGUAGUUAACUUGUCUGACUCCUACACUGCCCUUAUGGCACGACAGAGAGCACAGAGAGAAACUGAAGAGGCUCUGCAGAAAGAAAAAGCUACCAGGGAGGAGCAGUGGCUGCAGCAGCUGGAUGAAGAGGAGUAUGACGCUCUGCCAGAGGAGGAGAAGGAGCGUAUUGUCCAGCAACACAGAGAGAAGUGCCGACAGCAAAAACUCAGGGAGCUCAAGCGUAUAGCGAAAGAGCAGGAGGAACGGAGGCAUGAGGAGGAGCUAAAAAAGUUUAAAGAAGAAGAGUUGAAGGAGAAGAGCAAAAAGGGAGGAAAGAAGGAUUCUAAGGAAGUGUCGAGGAAGAAGAGCUUGCUUGAGGAAAAGCAGUCAGCAGAUGCUUUAAACGGGCAGAGGAUGUCUUCCUGUUACAACUCUAAAGAAUCACUAGUGGAUGCAAGAGAGAAGCAUCAUAUAAAUGAAGUGCAGCACUGUAAAGAAUCUGAUGAUUUACAGAAGCAGACCGAAGAAACCAAAGCAUCACAUGCAGAGUCUCCUCAAUGCACAGACAAGCUGGAGGGAGAAAUGUCGGUUGUUGAUGAGCUGCAGUCUCAGUUUAAUGCGUAUGAGCAGAGCCAGGAGCAGGUGGAGCACAUACUGCAGCACUGGGACCGGGCCCGGGGCUUACUGCUGGUCCCGCUCCCCAGUGACGAAGCUCCAUCAUCAGAAGAUGCCACAACAGAGAAACAGACCCCUGUUGGCAAGAGGAGCAAGAAAGCCAACAGCAAGACCAUGUCUUCAAUGCCCAGUCAGACGGCAGCAGCAAGUGAAGCAGACAAGGUGUCUCCACAGGACAUCAUCCCUCAUAUUGUGCUGAAUGUAACAGGGAAAGACUGUCCAAGUGCCACAGAGCUGCUCAAAGGCAGUGCCCUGCCUCAUCCUGUCCAGGUGUUGGAUGAUUUGGGGUUGGUACCCAGUGGCCCACCUAUCCCUCAUUCCACAAUUUUCUCCAUGGUUCCUUUUCCCAAAAAUCGAGAGCAAUCUAACCAAUUCACCUGUCACUAUUUCACCUUUACUAAAGACUCAGUAGAAGAUGUGCAAGCAUCAGUUGUAAAGGAAGAGGCAGCAGCAACCCGUUCCAAAAGUCGCAGCAAGGGCAGCACCAAGGAGAGUUCAGUAACAAAGGAAAAGGAUAAAAGGGGGAGAGAGAGUCAGAGGAGCAAGAUACAAUCUUCAGCAACAUCUGACAGCACGGAACAAAACCAACAUGAAGGAGUCUUAGAGCAGAAAUGCAACCAGAGCCUGACGAAAUUCCGCUGGGUUGUACCAGCCAACAGUGAGGUGGCUCUGAAAAUCUGGUUUUACUCAGACUCCCCAGGGACGUUUGAACAGACCUUUAACUUUGAGCUACUGGGGACCCAAAAACAAUACCAGCUCCUCUGCAGAGGAAUUUGCAUCUAUCCCUCCAUCUGCAAAGAGUACAGGACUCUUUUUUCCCUCAGUAAGAAGGCCCCACAAAUGGAGGAGAGGAUCCAGAAGAGUUACAUAAUCAAACCUGGAUACUUUGAGUUUGGACCGUUACUCUGUGGCAAGAGCAGAGACAGAUACAAAGAAAACAGGUACCCAGAGAACACAGAGAGGCUAGUGAUCCAUAACAACUCAGGCCUGGAUGCUGAGGUCCUGUUCAGUUUCAAACAUGAUAGCCAGGCCACCACGUAUUUGCUGGACCCCCCAACCAUGACUCUCAAACCCGACCAGAAACAGGAGUUGACAGUGUGGGCCUACCCUACAAAACUGGGACAAAUGAAGGACAGUGUUGUGUGCCAUAUCAAGGACAAUCCAGAGCUUGUCAUCAUCAACCUCUCUUGCUGGGGCGUGCGGCCAGAGCUGGAGCUGGAAAGCAAGCAUUUGUACUUUGACAGAACUUUGCUGCACAGGCGGGACAACCGCAUUGUGAUGCUGCACAAUAAAACAGCUCUGCCGGUGUCCUGGAGACUGCAGGGUGUGGAGGAGUUGGGUGAUGACUUCAGUGUGCUGCAGGAUCAGGGUAUCAUCUCACCAAACUCCUCUUUUCCAUUGAGUGUGCACUUCAGGGCCAGGCGGCCCCUCCACAUUAAGAAGAUUCUACGUCUGGAGGUAUCUGAUGUGGAGAAGAUUCUAGGCAUCAUACACACAGAAAACAUUGUAGUCACAGCUGAAGCCUAUGAUAUCGCUCUGGACAUCUCACCAGACGGCUGUUUGGACUUUGGAACCAUCAAAGUCUUUGAAGAGGCCAAACUGUCUCUCAGGAUGACAAAUCAAGGAAAAUAUAAAAUAGCCUACAAGUUUACAUUUCAGCGGACUGACCCAACCCAGCCAAACCUAGACUCCAUUUUCACAGUGUCCCCGCAGAGUGCCACUCUGCUGCCCCAUAAGAACCCCACAACAGUGCAGAUCAUCUGCAGACCCCAUAAGGAAGUCUUCAUGAAGGAGCAACCUGUCCUGUCUUGCCAGGUGAUUGAACCCAACAUUUGGAAUGGAGAAGAUCCCAUAGCCAUCCUGGCCAUCAAGGUUUCACUCAAGUCUGUCUUCUCCAGGUACAGGAUAUCACCUGUAUGUGACAUCAACUUUGGUCCACUGGUCUAUAGCUACAAGAAAAGCCAGAUUUUGACUAUUGAGAACACUGGAGCCUUUGAGACCCGUUUCAUCAUCUGCCCAAUGAUCACAGACCCUCCACCAGCAGAGAGGCCAGGGACCCUUGCUAAAAAGAUGCCUCGAGAGACCCAAUCAGAGAAAGUCACUGGUGCAAGCAGCAAAGUGAGACGUGAGUCCCUCCAAAGAGACACAAGUUUUACACAGAAUCGCCUCACCAUGGGGGUGUUUUCCGUGUUUCCCUGCACAGGGAGCUUACAGCCAGGCUGUCAUCAGGUGGUGACAGUGGAUUGUGUAGCUGAACAGCUGGGCUGCUGGAAUCAGGGUUUGCUCAUUGACAUCAGUGACCGUGACCCGUCAGACCACCCUGACGGCAUCCCAUACAGACUGCUGGCUGAAGUCUGCAAGCCAGGCAUAGCGUUAGACAUGGCUUCCAUCUUUGAGGAACACCAUCUGUGCCAUAAGAGCAGUCAGCUCUCCUCUGAGCAAUUUCGCAAUGCUGAAGGCAUUUAUGUUCGGGAUGAGAACAAGUUUAUUUUUAACAAAGUCCAGAUUGGGCGAACUUCCCAGGCCCGGUUCAAGCUCACUAACAACAACAAGGUGCCCUGCAUGCUCAACAUGGCCAUCCGAUAUGUUGGUGUUAAGACGUCCCGUAGCAUGGAGGUUUUUGAUUUGUCUGCUACAACACUGAGCAUUCCCAGCCUGUCGCACUCAUUUGUAGUGGUCUCGUUCACACCGCAGACGAUGCAGCUAUACACUGCAGUGUUUGAGGUCACAGUGGAGGGAACCAUUAGAUCCAGAAUGACACCCACAUCCAAGAGCAACGUGCUGGAGUUCGAGCUAAUGGGAGAGGGCAUUUUGCCCAGUGUGUGUGUGGUGCGUCCAGCCAAGAGGAAUAGCACACGAAGCCUAGUGCUGCAGUUCCCAAGAGUACUGGUAGGACACAGACAUACCCUACCCCUGGUGCUUCUGAAUGACGGAAGUAUUCCAGCCCAGCUCAAGAUUGACAUGCUGGAUCAACUUGGAGUGUUCACCCUCAAAGCUGCUCCUGUCAGCUGUUGCAGCUCCAUCCACUCUGCUCAGCUCGAUGGCACCUCUGAUACAGAGCAUCAGAUGGCGCACACGGCUCUGCUGAGGUUGAAUGUUGAUGAGCAGGUGGAGAUUGAGGUCAGCUUCUGCUCUGACAAACCCCAGAAUGUCAAGGCCACAAUGUCACUGCAGGUGGAAGACAACCAGUACAGCCACACCAUCAUACGAGUGAGCGCAGAUGCUUACGAGGAAAUUGUCUCUCUUGACAAUGUCAGCAGAUCAUCGAAGGAAGUAGAUCAGGAAGGUGAUGAAGGAGGUUCUCACAAUUAUGAAUUGCUGAAUUUUGGAUACUGCCGUGUAGAUCGCUGUUACAAAGAGAGUUUCACCAUGACUAACCACAGCAGCAGCCAGGUGGUGAGGUUUGAAUGGCCUCCUGCCGGACCCCAUGUUGUCUUUUCACCACAGGUGGGACACAUUCAUGCUGGUUGCUCUAAGGAGGUGACUGUUACCUUUUGCUCCAAUCAGCCGGUGACUCUGAGCAGCCAGCAGAUGACAUGCAAGGUUAGUCAGGUGGAUUUCCAGCAGCCGCUCGAGCAGGUGGUUGACUGGGACGAUGGACAGAGAACGGUGCAGUGGCUGAGCUCUUCCAAAAAGGCUUCAGGAGCUCCACAGCAGUCUGGAAAGAAUAGGGUGAUACAUACAGAUCCCGAACCCUGUUGCUCUGUGGUCGAGGGCUCCCAGUGGGAGUUGGAAUUGCAUAUCAGCGCAGUUUGUGACUUUGUGAAGUUCAACUGCAACACAAACACCAUUAACUUCAAGGAUACCAUGCUCUACCAAAGCAGGCUGCACCAACUGCACAUAGAGAAUUGUGGCACUGUUAAACUGGAAUUCUCCUUCCAAGUCCUCAUGGAUCCAAAGGACAACAGUGCACACCAUGAAGAAGAAGAUGUAACGCUUACUUCUCGAGCAGGCAGCAGGUCAGCAGUGUUAACUGGAACCUGUCCUGCCAGUGCUCUGGCCAGAAUCACCUCUCUUCUGAGAGGGAAUCCUAAGCUCCCGCCCUUCAGCAUUGAGCCCACGAUGGGGAUCAUAGAGCCUGGUGCCAUUCAGGAUUUCAGCAUUCGCUUUUCCCCUAUGGAGAUAGCCCAGUUUCAGGGCAGGCUACUCUGCAGUAUCCCCAACUUGCAAGAUGGAGAUCAGGCUCCCUGUAUCUCAGUGUGUGGCCGCAGCCUGCUGCCCCACUGUCACUUUGACCUGGAGGAAUCAGACUACAUCAGUGGGAACCGCUGUAACCCUGAAUUUAGGGGCUCUCUGGACCCUAACACCAGGGUCAUAGAGUUCAAUGCUGUUGGCUUCUCUGUACCAACAAAAAGAUGUUUCAGCGUGGUGAACCCAACCAAUAAACCCUUCUCAUUCAAGUGGAGGUGUGAAGACACAGGUAGCAGCCCAUUCUGCUGCCUCACGCCAUGCGGUACCAUCUUACCCGGGAACAAAGUGGAAGUGUGUUUUGAGUAUGUAGCUGAGCAGCUGGAUCCUGUGGAAUCAUUCUGGAUUUUUGUGAUUGAGACUCUGUCCCUGUCUGUCCCCUUCCUGUGUGUGGGCACCACUAAAGAACCACUGGUCUAUCUUGACAGACCUCACCUUGACUUUGGAGAACUGCUUGUUGGUCGCAGAAUGAAACAGACAGUUGAUGUGGUGAAUGGAGAGCAGGAGCUUUUCCACUUCUCUGUGGUGCAGUCAUCUCUUCUCUGUGACAAGCAGCAGUCCAAACUCAUUGUGCAGCCCAUGACCGGUACAGUGGCAGCUAAAGACAGGUUGCCACUGUUGGUGUCCUUCAUGCCCUGCCAGCAGGGUUAUGUGAGCUUCAGAUUGGUCUUGAAAGUGAAGAGGAAGUCAGAGCCACUCGCACUCACAAUUAAAGCAGAUUGUUUCAGCAUGAGCACAUCUGUUCAAGUUGAAAAGCCUGACGGAGGCCUCAGAGACAUCGACCGUAAUCCUCAAGAUACUCUGGACUUUGGAAAGGUGCGCACACAGCAAUUCACCUUUAAUUCCUUGGUGUCCAAUCUGGCAAGAUUAAACCUGGAAGUGAACUUUGACCUAGUGGUGAAUUUUUUUUGCCCAGUACGUGGCUCUAACACCCAGAGCCUUCCCGUAUCCAACCCCACAAACCAGCACUGCAGCAUCAGACCUGUCAUAGAGGGCGACCAGUGGAGUAUGGAACCCUCCGUGACCCUUGGACCCCUACAAAGCAAGACUUACAAUAUCACCUAUCAACCACUGACCAUGACUGCUGAGGGAGAGAAACACCUGGGAUCUGUCUCUUUCACCUUCCCUAAUGGAAUAGGAAAGCUGUUCAUUCUGCAAGGAACUGCUGAACCUCCCCAGGCAGAGGACACCAUUGUGCACAAGCUGCCUGCCAAGAGUCUUCACACAGAGCUGCUCUGUGUGCACAACUGGCUCUCCAAGCAACAGCGGUUUCGUGUGCUAACAGAGAUCCUGAAGCCUGACAUGCCAGAUGCUACAGUGUCCCUCAAGGGUCCAGAAUACAUUGAUGUCCCUGCUUUAGCUAAGAGAGACUACAAGAUGUCUUUCUUUGCUCACAAAGAAGGGCAGUACAACACCAAGGUGACAUUUCACAGUGAGUUGUCCAGCGAGUACUUGUUCUACCUCAUUAACUUUGAAGCCACGCCUCCAGGAGUCCUGUCUACCACAGAGCUGGUGACUUCAGUCCGGCAGACAGCCUCAGCCACGAUAGAGGUGGAGAAUCCCCUGAGCACAGCUGUCUGCUUCAGUACUGAGUGUAAAUGCCCUGACAUCAGUGCCCCGUCUCAGCACACUGUACAAGCACAGUCCAAGGGUUCUCUGAGUUUAAAGUACCAGCCGCUCUGUGUGGGUGAGACUACAGCCAGGCUGACUCUGUGCAGUAAUGAUCUGGGCCAGUUCCAUUACAAUCUGCUUCUCAGAGCUCUGCCCCCACUACCAGAGAAAACUGUCCACUUCAGCACUUCUUUGGGCAGCAGCCACUCUGUUCUUGUUAAGUUCACAAACUACUCCCGCUACAAAACUGAGUGCAAGACUGAUCACCCAGAAUUCAUCGUGGACAAAAGUGUUGGUGUUUCUCCAGGAUUCCAGGUGGGAUCAGAGGCCAGCGUGGAGGUUUGUUUUGAACCUUAUCAGCUGGGGAAAGUGAGAAGCCAGCUCAGCCUGUCCUCAGGAGUCGGUGGUGAAUACAUCUUUCCCUUGCAUGGGAUCUGCCUCCCUCCUAAAGCCCAGGGCCCGUUUAACAUCAUUGACAGUAGAAGCAUGACUAUCCCUUUCAAGAAUGUAUUCCUGCAGACCACCACUUUCUCUUUCCAGGUGGACAACCCCUGCUUUACCGUCAAAGGGGUGGAUGCCAUCCUCUCCAAACACUCCCAAAACAUCCUGGUAUCCUUCAAAGCCCCUCCAGGAGGCUCUCCAGGGCCGUGGUUUGGCAAGCUGACAAUCUCCAGCCAGCACUCUGAAGGCCACGGCAGACCUUGUUCUUGGAUCUAUUACCUGAAAGGCCACCGCCCCGAGUCAUCUUAGAGCAGCGCAAACUUUUUAUUUUAAGGUGCCAUUUCUGUUUACUCUUGCAGAAUGUUUUAUUUCUUUG